AUGCUCCUCCGCCAGCUCGACGUCGCGGACGAGCGGCUCAAGAGCGCUAUACGCCGCGCCGGCUCUCGCCCCGAGCGUGACCCGGCGGUGGCCGCCGCGACGACGGAGCUGCGCUCGCAGUACCGCCGGCUGCUGAUAGAGCAUUCGGAGGGCGCGCAGGCGCAGGGCGUCGACCGACACAUCGCCGGGCUGGCCAAGACGCUCGACGAGGCGCGCUCCUUCUACGAGGCGCUCGUCUCCGAGCUCGGGCGGCUGGGCGGGCGGUACCGCGCGACGAGCGGCGAGCGGGCCGGCGGAGCAGGCGCGUGUGCGGCUUCCGCCGAGUCUUGCUACUGGCAAGCGCAGCGCCUGGCACCGCGGCUCGGCAACUGCCACAACCAGCUGGCCGUCCUCGCGACGCACCGCUCCGACAACUUGGACGCGCUGUGCGGGUACAUGCGCGCGCUGCUCGCACCGGCCCCGUUCGUGCCGACGGCGCGGGACAACCUCGAGCGCCUCUGCCGCUCGCUCGUGUCCGAGAAGCCUCCGCCGCCGCCCUCGGCCGCCCUCGCUUCCCUCGGCGCGUCCGAUGCGCCACCCGGCAGCGGCGACGCGAUUGCAGACGCAUGGGCGGCCGAAGAGGCGAGGUGGGAGGCGGGUCUGUGCCGUCUCCACGCGCUGCUCCACCUCCGCCGCCCCUCGGGCGGAGGAUCGCUUCCCUCGGCGGUCGCGCAGCUGCGGCGAGAGCUGCUGCAACGGCUGCGCGCGUGCGCGCGGGUCGGGCGGCUCAAAGCAACGCGAGUUGGCACCGCGCUGCUGGUCUGCAUCGGCUCCCUCCACUUGCCUCCCCGCGUCGGCGGCGAGGGCGAGCCCGCGUCCGAGCCCGCCGCCGCUACCGAGGCGCUCGCGGCGGAGCUGCUCAAAGGCAUCGUCUGCGCGAUCGCGCCCGCCGUCCCAAAGGCGGCGGUCGGCCCCGAGCGGCCUCUCGCCGCCCUGCUCGCCGCCCUCGCGCCGCUCGCCCUGUGGUCCGCCCACUCCAACCACCGCCUCGCGUGCCUCGCUCCUGAGGCGCGGCGCGAGUACGCAGACGCCCUCGCGCAGAUUGGAAACGGGCUACCCGCCUCCGCCCGCUCCGCCGCCGCAUCGCCGCCGCCGGUGGCUCGGUGGGCGGCGGCAGCGUAA